AUGUUUCGUUUUUUCUCUCACCGCCCCCAUCACAUAAUCGUCUGCUUCGCCACAAUCCCCUCCGCCGAUAAUCGUCGUUCUUUUCUUCAAGAUCGAAACUCUCUUCCACCACGAAUACUUUUAAUGGCUUCUCUAUUUUUACGACUUUCGCCUCGACGCCUCAUCUUUCACAUGGGUGUCCGCCCUCCACCAUCAUUUACUUUUGAUCUCCACCCAUCAAGAAACCUAGGUAAGUUGACACUUCUUCUUCUCCCUUUCUUCCUUACUUCGAAUGUUGAUGUCCCGUCUCUUUUGCCAUCGUUCAUGGCGUUCACCUCCAUUCCCGCUCCAUCAAAGUUCUGGCUUGCUGAAACCCUCACCGGUCUACGUCGACGUCGUUGCCAUCCAUUGACAAAGACAUCCACUUAUGUGUUAGAGAUGACCGACUUCUUAUGUGUUGGAAAUGUAAUCAAAGCAUUUCCGAUUUCCCCAAGUUUAAUGCCUUAUUUAGGUGCUUCAGAGCUCACACUCUUUUCAAAGUUCAUCCUUAUAGUGACUUUUAGAUCUACUGCAUCGACUCUAAUUCAUGGAUUUGCAAUUGAUUGA